UUGCUCUUAUUAUUAUUGUACAGGGUAAGCCUCCUGAUUGGCAAGACUUUGUUGGUAUUAUCACUUUGCUUGUCAUCAAUUCAACCAUCAGUUUCAUAGAGGAGAACAAUGCUGGUAAUGCUGCUGCAGCUCUCAUGGCUCGUCUCGCUCCGAAAGCAAAGGUUCUUCGUGAUGGUAGGUGGAACGAACAAGAUGCCGCAGUCCUGGUUCCUGGUGACAUCAUCAGCAUCAAACUUGGAGAUAUUAUCCCUGCAGAUGCUCGCCUUCUUGAAGGUGAUCCUUUGAAAAUUGAUCAGUCUGCACUUACCGGUGAGUCCCUACCAGUGACAAAGGGUCCCGGUGAUGGUGUGUAUUCUGGUUCAACCUGCAAACAAGGAGAGAUUGAAGCUGUGGUCAUCGCUACCGGUGUUCACACCUUCUUUGGGAAAGCUGCUCACCUUGUAGAUACUACUAAUCAAGUCGGUCACUUUCAACAGGUCUUGACUGCAAUUGGUAACUUCUGCAUAUGUUCUAUUGCUGUGGGGAUGAUCAUUGAGAUCAUUGUUAUGUAUCCCAUUCAAGAUAGAAAAUAUCGUCCGGGAAUAGAUAACCUGCUUGUGCUUCUUAUUGGAGGAAUUCCAAUUGCCAUGCCGACGGUUUUGUCCGUGACCAUGGCUAUUGGUUCUCAUAGGCUCUCUCAGCAGGGUGCUAUCACAAAGAGGAUGACAGCCAUUGAAGAAAUGGCAGGCAUGGAUGUUCUUUGUAGUGACAAGACUGGGACUUUAACACUAAAUAAGCUUACGGUCGACAAAAAUCUUGUCGAGGUUUUCGCAAAAGGAGUGGACCCGGAUACUGUUGUUUUGAUGGCAGCUCGAGCUUCAAGACUUGAGAAUCAAGACGCCAUAGAUACUGCCAUUGUUGGGAUGCUGGCUGAUCCAAAGGAGGCACGUGCCGGUAUACAAGAAGUGCAUUUUCUUCCUUUCAAUCCAACUGAUAAGAGGACUGCAUUGACCUAUAUUGAUCAAGAUGGCAAAAUGCAUAGAGUAAGCAAAGGUGCACCCGAACAGAUCCUACACCUUGCCCACAACAAAUCAGACAUCGAACGCAGAGUUCAUGCAGUGAUUGAUAAGUUCGCAGAGCGCGGUCUGCGAUCUCUUGCUGUAGCAUACCAGGAAGUUCCCGAUGGAAGGAAAGAAAGUGCUGGAGGCCCAUGGCAGUUUAUUGGCCUUAUGCCUCUCUUUGACCCACCUAGGCAUGAUAGUGCCGAAACAAUACGGAGGGCACUAAAUCUCGGAGUAAAUGUCAAAAUGAUUACAGGUGAUCAACUAGCUAUAGGAAAGGAAACAGGACGACGCUUGGGAAUGGGUACCAAUAUGUACCCUUCAUCUGCUUUACUUGGACAGGACAAGGAUGAAUCCAUUGCUGCCUUGCCCAUUGAUGAACUAAUCGAAAAAGCCGAUGGAUUUGCUGGUGUAUUUCCUGAGCACAAGUAUGAGAUUGUGAAGCGUUUGCAAGCGAGGAAACAUAUCUGUGGAAUGACUGGUGAUGGAGUGAAUGAUGCACCUGCUCUAAAGAAGGCAGACAUUGGUAUAGCUGUCGCCGACGCCACGGAUGCUGCUCGUAGUGCAUCUGAUAUUGUUUUAACAGAACCUGGUCUUAGUGUUAUCAUAAGUGCUGUUUUGACAAGCCGAGCUAUUUUCCAGAGAAUGAAAAAUUAUACAAUUUAUGCUGUCUCAAUCACAAUUCGUAUCGUGCUCGGUUUCAUGUUGCUGGCUCUCAUAUGGAAGUUUGAUUUUCCACCUUUUAUGGUUCUUAUUAUUGCUAUCCUGAAUGAUGGUACUAUUAUGACAAUUUCAAAGGAUAGAGUAAAACCGUCACCACUGCCGGAUAGCUGGAAGCUAGCAGAGAUAUUUACUACUGGCAUUGUGCUCGGAAGUUACUUGGCAAUGAUGACUGUCAUUUUCUUUUGGGCUGCAUACAAGACAAAUUUCUUCCCGCGAGUGUUUGGUGUUUCAACCCUUGAAAAAAGUGCUCAUGAUGAUUUCCGAAAACUCGCCUCAGCAAUUUAUCUUCAAGUGAGCACCAUUAGUCAAGCUCUUAUAUUCGUGACUCGUUCUCGAGGCUGGUCAUAUGUCGAGCGUCCGGGUUUAUUGCUGGUGGUUGCUUUCGUAGUUGCUCAGCUGAUUGCCACGUUGAUCGCAGUAUAUGCAAAUUGGAGCUUUGCCGCGAUCGAAGGAAUAGGAUGGGGUUGGGCUGGUGUAAUAUGGCUGUAUAACAUAAUAUUCUACAUCCCUCUUGAUAUCAUCAAAUUCUUGAUUCGCUAUGCUUUGAGUGGAAGGGCUUGGGAUCUUGUCAUUGAGCAAAGGAUUGCAUUCACUAGGCAAAAGGACUUUGGGAAAGAACAAAGGGAACUUCAAUGGGCACAUGCUCAAAGAACACUGCAUGGAUUGCAAGCCCCUGACACUAAGAUGUUCACUGAGCGCACGCAUUUCAAUGAGCUCAAUCAAAUGGCCGAAGAAGCUAAGAGGAGAGCCGAAAUUGCGAGGUUGAGAGAGCUCCACACACUGAAAGGUCAUGUGGAAUCAGUUGUGAGAUUGAAGGGUCUGGACAUAGACACAAUUCAGCAAGCAUACACAGUCUGAGAGGUUUUGUUGCAUAGUGAUGAUAAUAUUAUUAUUAUUAUGAUUAUUGUAAAGGAUUGAUAGUUAUUAUCGCUGAGAGGGAGAUAAUGUAAUGAAUGAAUGAUUGCACUCUCUAGUGUUUUUAUUAUAUUUUUUUUAUUGUGACUUUUGCUUUGAGCACUUAAAAGUAGUGCUCUCUUCUGUCAGCUUUAUCUAUCUAUGCACCUUUGCUUCUUUUUAAUCAUAUAAAUAUACCUGUCACUGUUAGUCCCACUCAUAUGCCUCUUUAUUCCAGUCACAUUUCUCCGUA